CACAACUGGUUCUGCGCGCAGGGAGCACAACACACAGAGAGAGAUAUACGCUUUCCCCUCUUCUGCUAAAUUAAGCCAUUUGUUUUGUUUUGUUGCGAAUCGGUUUGGCAAAAAGGACACCUACACAGCAUUUCAUAGGAAACAUCUGCUUGGAACUUUGUUGUGCCUAGUUUACGAAUAGUCCAAUCUUUAAAGUCUAAUAAAAUCCCGUAAAUCCUGUUAUGAUGUCAGUGAGAGGUAAGCGCUUGCCUCCCUGUUAUAUGUGCUGAGGUAUUCUUUAAGCGCCUCUGAGAUGGAAAAUAGGUUCGCGAGGACCCGAUGGACACCCCUGACCGGGCUGGUGGUGUGUUUGCUGGUGUGCGCUUGUGUGGUGGACUUGGUUCUCGCUCAAAUUCGGUACUCCAUCCCAGAGGAGCUAGAGCACGGGGCUUUCGUUGGUAACAUCGCCGAGGACUUAGGCUUGGAUGUGGCCAAGCUGUCUGCCCGUCGGUUUCGUAUAGUUUCUGGUGCCAAGAAACAAUACUUAGAGGUGAACUUGGAAAACGGCAUUCUGUUUGUAAACGAAAAAAUUGAUCGGGAGGAGCUAUGUGAACAGAGUCCAUCCUGUUUUUUACACUUACAAGUUGUUAUUGAAAAUCCACUAGAACUGUAUCGAGUGGAAGUUGAGAUUUUGGACGUCAACGACAAUUCUCCGAACUUCCCUUGGAGCGAAUUUAAUCUUGAUAUUACCGAGUCAGCGGCGCCCGGAUCCCGGUUCCCAUUAGAGAGCGCCCAGGACCAGGACGUGGGUACCAACUCGCUCCGCUCUUACCAGCUUGGCUCAAACGAACACUUCGUGCUGAACAUUCAGACGCGUAAUGACGGGAGUAAGUUCGCGGAGCUCGUGCUGGAGACCCCGCUGGACCGGGAACAGCGGAAGACGCACGAAAUGGUGCUCACAGCAGUGGACGGGGGGUCCCCACAGCGCUCAGGCACUGCGAUCAUAACUAUAACAGUGCUGGAUGCCAAUGAUAACGUGCCCGUUUUCGACCGACCCGUUUACCGGUCGAGUCUCGUGGAAAACGCACCGAGAGGGACGCUCGUGCUGAAGCUUAACGCCACGGACCUGGACGAGGGCUCGAAUGGAGAGGUGUCCUAUGCGUUCAGUGGGCACGCUCCUCUGAAGGUGCGAGAGCUGUUCAGCGUGGAUCCAUACACGGGUGAGAUCCGUGUGAAGGGGGUGGUGGACUAUGAGAAAGCCAGUGUGUAUGAGCUGUAUGUGCAAGCUAAGGACAGGGGUCCCUCUGCCGUGGCGGUGCACAGUAAAGUAUUGGUGGAUAUCGUAGACGUGAAUGACAACGCACCAGAAGUCAUCCUCACCUCUGUGUCUACACCCGUCCAGGAGGACGCGCCACCGGGGACGGUCAUAGCAGUUAUCAGUGUUAUGGACCGGGACUCGGGAGAAAACGGCAAUGUGGACUGCCAGAUCCCUAACAAUGUCCCAUUUCAGCUCCACUCGUCAUUUAAAAAUUAUUACACACUGGUGACGAGCGAAUUUCUAGACAGAGAGGCCGUGUCCGAGUACAACAUAACUCUCACUGCUCGAGACUUGGGUUCCCCGUCGCUUUCGACUAGGAAAACCAUCCUCGUUCAAGUGUCUGAUAUCAACGAUAACCCCCCGCGCUUCGCCCAGCCAUCAUAUACAGUUUAUGUGACCGAGAAUAACGCCCCGGGCGCUUCCAUUUGCUCAGUCACUGCUUUCGACCCCGAUUCCAAUCAGAACGCUUAUCUGUCCUACUCUAUUCUGGAGGGUCAGAUUCAGGGCAUGCCCGUGUCCACUUACGUCUCCAUCAACUCUGACAAUGGAAAUAUCUACGCGCUACGCUCCUUUGAUUAUGAGCAAUUGAGAAACUUCCAGAUCCUGGUGCAGGCCCAGGAUGCUGGUUUUCCUCCGCUCAGCAACAACGUCACUGUCAACGUCUUUGUUUUGGACCAGAAUGACAACGCACCGGUUAUAGUGUCCCCGUUACCCAAAAACGGGACCGUGGCCACGGAAGUGGUCCCGCGGUCAGUGGACGCGGGUUACUUGGUUGCUAAAAUCACGGCUUUAGACGCGGACGCAGGACAGAACUCCCGCCUGUCCUACCAAGUGCUGCAAGCUACCGACCCCGGUCUGUUCAGCGUCGCCCUCUACACGGGAGAAAUCAGGACGAUUCGCCGGUUGGUAGAUAAAGACGCUAUGAGGCAGAGACUUGUCAUCCUGGUGAAGGACAACGGCCAGCCGCCGCUCUCAGCCACUGUCUCCAUCCUCCUCUCUGUGGUCGACAACGUGCCUGAGUCGCUGUCAGACUUUGGCGACCUCACACUCAGCCCGCAGCCCCCCUCCAACCUUGCCCUGUACUUGAUCGUGUCACUGAGCACCAUCUCGCUAAUUUUCCUGGUGGCUAUUAUCGUGCUGGCCGCGGUCAAGUGCUACAAGGACAGAGAGACCAUUAGUGGGUAUAACCUCCCCCCGUUUGCCUGCUGCUGCUGCGGGGGCUUCCAGCCUGAACCACCUCCUGAGGUUUUCAAGAAAUCUAAUCUAAACCUGCAGAUAUCCUCCGGAACUAAAGUGCCAACUAACUGUAUGGAGGUGAACGGCAACAGUACCCUCUCCCAAGCAUACUGCUAUAAAGUUUGUCUAACCCCCGAGUCAGCCAAAAGUGACUUCAUGUUCUUAAAGCCGUGCAGCCCAGGAAGCACCCCGAGAAACAAUGAGGCAAAGGGGGCAGACAACCUUGCAUGGAGCUCGCAAAACCGGAGUGCAUCGGUGAACAACGGUGCUACCACUCCGAACGAGCUAAAGCAAGCAAAUACAGACUGGACUCUCACAAAGAACCAUAAUUCAUCACUGAAAAGUUAUAACUCUAUCAACAUGGACGGUACACUGAUGCGCAAGGCCAUGCAUGCAGACCCAGACAACUACAUCACACCCAUGGCUACCGGCCAGUACUGGACUUGGGGGACUCACAUGAGGGACUACAAGAUGUCUCCGUCAGCCAGCGCCGCCUCCGCUGUCCCCCCUCGUUCCUGGACCCCGCGCUGCACUCCCCCACCCCAGCCGCAGCAGCAGCCCUCCCUCCCCCCUGCGCACCCCUCCCUCCCACCACCCAAUCCCCACCCGCACCCGCACCCUCACCCUCCGCCUGACUACCAACACAAUGUGUACAUCCCUGGGACGCCCUCGGCCCUCUGCACCCUGAGGCCGGCCGUGCACCGCAGCGAGCUGGACGUCCACAACGCCUUCUCCACCUUCGGCAAGAGGAGACGCCUCCAGAUGUCCAACUACGAGCCCCAGGGGGAGACGGCCGUCAUCAACAACGACCUGUACAACGAUUAACAUGGAGGCUCUGAGACGGCCCAGGGAUGGAAGGGUGAUGAACUUGAUGCGAGAAGUGACUAGACAAGAGCAGAGAUCUAAAAAAUGACUGAAUUCAUGUAUUAUUGUUAUAUAAUACAAAGCAGACGGAUCAACGAGAACAUUAACACAUUAUGAAUGAAUGAACAGUCAAGCUCUACUGUAAAAUGGAGAGGGAUGCACUAUGACAGAUAGGAUUCUGUGUCAAUGAAUGCAUUUUUGAAAGGGUACCUUAAACCCAAAUGGCACUGAUGAACAUUAUUUGACACCUUGAAACUUAUUUCCUUAGUUUGUGUUUUUCUGUAAAGUAUUGUUAUUGUUAUUAUUAUUUGACAAUCAGUGAGCAGCAAAUGUUUUAAAUGGAAACAUCCAAAAAGGUCUGGAAUUUUGGGCGUCAAUUUGCACAUUAUUAUGGAAUUAUAUUUUUUAAUGUUUAGUGAAAAAUAUACAAUCAAGUUGUGUUAAUCCACUAUUUGAUCACAAAUGUCAUACUUUAAAAGUCAUAAAAGACACAAUUUGUGUGAAAAUAAAUUAAUGAUGUAUGAUAUGCAAACUUCAGUUGACUCUAAAACGCAGAAGGUAAGCUCUCCCCAACUCAUGUAUAGUCUAUACAUUUCUCAAAUAAAGUAUUUUUUCUCAUAUG